CGCGAGUCUAAAGUGAUAAAAAACGCUCAAGUACGCACCUCCGAUAAUUGUCCACCCCCAUUUUUUUGAAAGAUUUGGUUGCCUCUCACCCACUCUUGCGAUGCCGAUGUGAAAUUUCUCCAGAAGCUCGUUUUGAUGUUUUUGGAUACUGUCCAGACGCAUUAAAAUUGGCAUUUUCUGACCAAAAGCAGUGAAAGGGACCGAUACCAGUGAAAUGGGUACUGUGCUGUCAUGAGGACUGUAAAUAUCGUCUGAAGGUGCGGAUGAAAGGGAUAUACAGGUGGUUCUGCAUUAAGCGAUGUACACGUGGUUUGUACGCUUAGUGACGUGAUGGUCACCUUGCAUGACGUCACGAAGAAGCCCUACCUGAUGUGCCUGGCGUUGUGGUCAGCCGCCUUUGCCCUGACUGUGGAAGGAUGCCUCCAUUGUAAGCAGAAGCCACCGAAAGUGUAUGUUUUGUCUCCCAGUUCGAGGAUCGAUUACCAAAUAGCUACUGAGGAUAUGGAAGAAAUGUCGCUAGACAAGUUAUUGGAUACUAUAGAAAUUGUAGGUAGCUUCAGUGGUGCUGAAUGUGCCAACAACCCUCAUCAGGAAAUUGUGGUCAGUCUGCCCAUCCACCUGUUCGAUUCACUCGUUCAGAAAAUAGACCUCGUCUCGAGGGUGUUGGAAGGCUACUCAUCUCACCACGACGAAAAGAUGCUUCAGACGGUCAUCGAAGAGACAGUGCAGUGCGAGGAGUACACCCCUUCGGGUCGUCUGCUCUGGGUGGGCAACGGCACCCUUCGUCAACCCGACUUCUACGUGACAGUAAAGAACAAUGUUGAGAAGAAGACCACUCUACUCACCAAACUGCACAACUUCGUUCUAGGAGACCGAGUGGAGUGGCGCAUAACGGCCAUGGACCACCCUGAAGUCACCAAUAGCAGUACCAGGGCAGGCUGGACUCAUCCCUACUUCCAAUGCGAGACCAAAAGGUGGUUGGUUUCGUACACCAAAUUAAUGAUUGGGGACCUAAAAGAGAAAAGCCAAAUUGGUGAUAGGCUCGUGGGUGUUCUGAGCGUCGAUGUGGACGUCAGUGGCAUUGAUAUCAACCAGUGCGAUCAGCUGCUGGUGGGUGAAAACAUAUCCAAUUGGCAAAUGAGUGCAUUCUUGGGGACGCACAGGUGCCAUAACCAAACCAGCAAGUGCGUUUUCACUCCUGGCUUCGGCUGGAGCCGCGGCUCUUAUAAAUGCUUGUGUCGAGAUGGCUAUUAUUCGGCUACUGGGAAGCCUCUCUUCAAUGGAUCACUAGUAGAAUCGGCUUAUAAAGACAAAAUUGCGUUGAAUAGUCCCACAUACGAUAUGCUGUAUAUCUGUAAACCAUGUCAACCUGGAUGCGAUGUCUGUGAAGACGAUUCACCGUGUUUAGCUCACUACAACUGGGCUUUCAGGAUAUCUUUGCUGACCAUCUCCGUGAUCUGCAUCUUCCUGACCUUGUUGCUCUCUUUCUACGUUUAUCGGUACAGGAAACUCAAAGUAAUCAAUGUGGCCAGCCCCAUCUUUCUCUGCAUCACGCUCAUUGGAUGUGUCAUUAUGUACUGCGAGAUGGCGGCCAUUUUCCCCGUUCUCUCCAUGUACAGUUGCAUAGCUACCAAGUGGACGCGACACAUGGGCUUCUGUCUCACGUAUAGCGCCCUCCUUCUUAAAACAUGGCGGGUAUCGCUGACCUACCGAGUUAAAUCUGCCCACAAACUGAAACUGACCGACAAGCAGCUCCUACAGUGGUUGUUUCCUAUCCUUCUGGUGAUGGCCAUCUACCUCGGGACCUGGACCAUCUCGUCUCCACCGGAGGCAGUCUACAUCGAGGACUGGGACCAUCUCAAAUUCAAGCAGUGCGAUUACAACUGGUGGGACCACAGUCUGGCGAUAGGAGAAUUUCUGUUCCUCCUGUGGGGCAUCCGCGUCUGCUACAACGUUCGCAACGCCGAAUCCGUCUUCAACGAAGCUAAGCACAUCAGCUGGGCUGUUCACAGCAUCACGAUCGUGAACAUCAUAAUGGUCAUGAUACAUCUCGUUAUUCUUCCGACGGCGGGGCCGGACAUCAAGUAUCUCUUCGGAUUCAUUCGCACGCAGCUUAGUACCACAAUCACAGUCAUUCUCAUUUUUGGACCAAAAUUCUACCGUGUGAUCAAGGGCCAAGGGGAUGUUUGGGAUAAUCGGGCCCGUGCUCGAGGUGUGACUGCUUCUUUUUCGUUGAAUGGAGUGGGCCCCGUCUACGAAGAACCUCAAGACCUUUAUCAAGAAAACGAAGAACUUAAGGAAGAGGUGCAGAAACUGGCAUCUCAAAUUGAAUUCAUGAAAAUAGUUCACAUGGAAGUAAAUAAUCGCCACUUGAAACCGAAACAUGGCGGCUUCUUCAGCCAAACCACGAGCAACCAGAGUCCGGUCAUCAAGAACAUCUACAUGAAGUUCGAAAGCACAGACUCGCCAGGCUCCAGAAUCUCACCGGCCGCCGAACUGGUCUCCGAGAAAGUGUGAGGCCGCCAUUUCCCACACCGUUGAUCAAAAGAGAAGUUACUUCAGGCUUCGAACGGAACGGAUUUCGAAUACAAUUUGUCUCGAAGCGGUGCGGUUUAAGGCGUGCUUCUUCCAUGGAAGGAAACCUUCGAUUCCCUUUGCGUUCCAGGUUCAAGGAACAAGAAAAGCAAGUGUUCGAAUCAAUGGCACACGGGCUUUUAGCGGGAAAAAAGUGCUGUAGAAGAAAUGCGAGCAUGGAUGGAAUAAGCAUGUUCGUUUCAAGACAGAAACGGGUCGCUUGACUGGUCUAGUCAGCUAAGUCACUGUAAUUUUUCAUUGAUAUGUGAUGUCCAGGUAGCUCAGUUAUUUUGAGUUUUGAUUUUCCAGAAUUUUCAAAGACACUGAAGCUUUACUAAAAGCUAGAUAAGCUCUGUAUGAGAUAUUCACUUUGAUGUCGAAACAUGUAUCAUACCAUAUUUCAGAAUGCUACACUUUUAUGAUUAGAUUUGUCAAAUUGGUGAGAUUUUUCCGUUAAUGACGAAUGACUAAA